AUGGUGUCUUUCGACACCGAGUUCCCGAGAUGCACCCUCCUCCCGCAGAAGCCGCACUACCUUCUCUCGGCGGAGGAGCGCUACGCUUUCUUGAAGGCCAACGUAGAACGGUCGAAAUUGACCCAACUCGGUCUCACCCUCUUCGACGCCGAUGGCAAUCUUCCCGGCGGCGUUGGAGAGGCUUUCAUCUGGGAGUUCAAUUUCUGCGACUUUGACGUCUGUCGAGACAAAUUCGAUUACAAUUCGGAUGGAAUCGAUUUCAGAAUGCUGUUUCUCAAGGGGAUCGACCCCGGUCGCUUUGCUGCGUGCUGUCACAGUGCUGGUCUCGUACGUCAUUGUCCAUGCUGCUCCACCACCGCAGACUGGAUCGCCUUCGGCAGCGUAUACGACUUCGGUUACCUUGUAAAGGCUUCAUCUUUGGACCAACUACUACCCGAAACUCUGAAUGAAUUUUUACUGCAAGUGGCCUAUUUGUUCGGUAAUUUUAUGGACGUCAAGAAUCUGAUGAGCCACUGUGAUGGAUUGUCCGGUGGAUUAGAGAAGGUUGCCAGGACUCUGGCGAUAACUCGGGAAGUUGGUGGCGCGCACGAGGCAGGGUCUGAUAGUUUGUUGACCACGAGAGUCUUCUUGGAGAUGAAGAAGCUGUUCUUCACCACUGAAGUUGACAUGGCACCGUAUGGGAAUGUCAUUUGGGGUUUGUGA